GGCGGUCUCCCCUCUCUCCCCCUCCCCUCUCCUGACCCCCUUUACCCCCUACAGCGACCCCCCCAGCAGAGGACCCCCGAGUAGAGACCCCCUAGAGAACCCCCAUAGAGAGGACCCCUCUAGAGAAGCCCUCUAGACGAUCCCCCUAAAGAGGACCGCCCUAGAGGAUCCCAUAGCAGAGGACCCCGAGACGAUCCCUCCCCCCCUAGUAGAAGACCCCCUCAGAGGCCCCCCUAGAGAACAUCCUAUAAGAGAGGACCCCCCUAGAGAGGACCCCCCCCAUCUUAACCCUCAGCGGACACUCCCACUCACCCUGCUGCCGCUGGCUCGGUGGUUUGGAUGAACCCGACCCCUCUCCAGCUCCAACGGACCCCCCCAACCCCCUACACCACCAGCUCCCCCCCAUCGCAGCUGAUCCCCAUGCCGACCCAGGGCACCAGCGGCACCAGCGGCAGCAGCAGCAGCAGCGGUCUCUUCUACGGCUGCGACAGCUCCAGCGAGUUCCUGUCUCGCAAGCCGCAAACAUCGGCCGACCCGACCUCGUGGGCGUCGCGCGUCGCUCUGCUGCAGCUGUCCGCCACGAGCGCGGCCAAGAAGAAGACGAAGAAGAAGAAGUCCCGCGGGCAGAGCGCCAAGAUGCGGCGCAUCGUGGGCCGGAGGAGGCAGCUGGAGACGGAGAGGCAACAGCAGCAGCAACAGGAGCAGCAGCUGCAGUUGAUGCGUGCCGGUGGUGGUCGUGAUGGUGACGGUGGCGAGAGGAUCCAGACGGACAUUGGUGGUAGUGGUGGAGGUAGUGGUGGAGGUAGUGGUAGUGGUGUAGGUAGUGGUGGUGGUGGUAGUGGUGGAGGUAGUGGUGGAGGUAGUGGUGGAGGUAGUGGUAGUGGUGUAGGUAGUGGUGGUGGAGGUAGUGGUGGUGGUGGCGGCGGUGGUGGUAGUGGUGGUGGCGGUGGUGGAGGUAGUGGUGGAGGUAGUGGUAGUGGUGUAGGUAGUGGUGGUGGAGGUAGUGGUGGUGGCGGCGGUGGUGGUAGUGGUGGUGGCGGUGGUAGUGGUGGAGGUAGUGGUAGUGGUGUAGGUAGUGGUGGUGGAGGUAGUGGUGGAGGUAGCGGUGGUGGAGGUAGUAGUGGUGAAGGUUGUGGUGGUGGUAGUGGAGGUAGUGGUGGUGGAGGUAGUGGUGAAGAUUGUGGUGGUGGUGGAGGUAGUGGUGGUGGUGGUGGAAGUAGUAGUGGUGGCCUUGAGAGCUCCUGGAGCGAGGAAGUCGACCUGGAGGACCUGGACUCCGGGCCAGACGCGGCCCUGACGGGGCCUGGGGCCCCCGCGGCGGCCUUCGCUCGGCGGGGCCGGCGACUCGGCGGCCCAGGCCGGGCCACCGACGGCGGCCCUCGCCGUGGCCGCCACGAGGAGCGCCGGGCCACGGCGGGCCCAGCGGAGAGGCCGUGGGGCCUCGACACAACUCCCGGCACGACGAGCCGACGCGUCGGGGCUCGAUCCAAGCGCAGGGCCCACGUGCUGGGGUCGGCCAGCCGCUUGGCCGAGCACCGCUCUGGAUUCCCAAUGGCCACCAACAAUAUCACCGCCGAUAUCACCACAAAUACCACCACCAAUACCACCUCCGCCACCACCAAUUUCACCGCCACCGCCAAUAUCACCAAUUUCACCACCGCGAAUACCACCACCAAUACCACCGCCACCACCAAUAUCACCACCACCGCCACGAACGAACUCGAACAGCCACAACAAUGUCCCUCGGCUGUUGCAGGAAGUUCUAGAGAUCCCACCACCACCAACAACAAUGUUGUCAUUGACAAUCACCUCCCCCGAGCAGCAGUACGCGCCGUGGUGCCACCACCGCACAAGCUGGUGGCCGUGGACUGCGAGAUGGUGGGUCUGGGUCCCGGCGGGUGCCGGGGCGCGCUGGCGCGCUGCAGCGUGGUGGACUACCACGGCUCGGUGCUGUACGACGGCUACGUGCGCCCAGAGGAGCCCGUGACCGACUACAGGACCAGGUGGAGCGGCAUCCGGCCCAGCCACAUGCGGGACGCCACUCCGUUUCGAGCGGCACAAAAAGAGAUUGUGCAGCUGCUGCACAACAAGGUGGUGGUGGGCCACUCGAUCGCCAACGACUUCCGCGCGCUGGGCUACGUGCACCCGACGGAGCGCACGCGCGACACCGCCUCGCUGGUGGAGCUGCGGCGCCGGGCGGGCCUGCCGCUCGGCCAGCCCGCCUCGCUCAAGCGCCUCACCAAGCUGCUGCUCUACCGCGACAUCCAGGUGGGCAGGCACGGCCACUCGUCGGUGGAGGACGCGCGAGCCACCAUGGAGCUGUACCGCCUCGUGGAGUCUCAGCUGGGAGCCACCGCCGCUCCCUGAGCCGCCACUUCGACGGCCCCCGUCAUCGUCACGGCGACGGCCCCCGUCGUCGUCACGGCGACGGCCCCCGUCGUCGUCACGGCGACGGCCCCCGUCGUACCUCCCCCCCCACCUCCUCCCCCCAUCAUGAGAGACCAGGAAGGAGAAGGGGGUGGAAUGGAGUUGUGGUCGCGCUCCCUCUGCGUUAGCCCCCCAUUAGAAACCAACAACAACAACCACAACAACAACAACCACAAAAACAACAACCACAACAACCAUGACAACCACCACAACAACCAUGACAACCACCACAGCAACCACCACAACCACGAUAUCAACCACUACAACAGCGACGACAACAACAGCCACAACAACAACAGCCACCAGGCCAGCACCGAUGACGUGCCCCCCCACGGCAUCCUGGAUGCCAAUCCCUUUCCGCGCUCAUCGCGGUUGUGGAUCGGGGGAGGUGGAACUCAAACUAAUAAACAUAAUUUUUACUUAAAAAAACUAAAACUAAACUAUCUUUAUUUUACCAGGUAAGGGCCCCCGCUCAGCUGCGACGUAGCUCAGACGCGACCCUGCCCAUCACAAAUGGUCGCUCAACUAAUGUGGGCUCAUCAUCAAGUGAGAUUUGAUAGCAGCAGCAGCAGCCACAUCCUGCGACCGCGUGAAGUUGGUUCUAAAUGGGGAGGGAAACACCGGAGGAACCCGGAGAAAAGUCCACGCGACCACGGGGAGACGGAGAGAGAGACGCAAACUCCAAAUAUACAGCAGCAGCAGGCGUCAGGGUCGGGAUCGAACUCACGACCUCCUGCACACCAGGUGAGGUAGUUAACAUCUCCUAGCCACCGUGAUGAUGAUGAGAGAGAGAAACGCAAACUCCAAAUAUACAGCAGGCGUCAGGGUCGGGAUCGAGUCUCCGAUCUCCUUUAGACCAGGCGAGGUAGUUAACUGUUUAACGAAAACUAAAUUAUUUUAUUUUCCCAGGUAAGGUCCCACUGAGCUACGAUUUAGCUCGUCCUUAGAAGCGACCUGGCAAUCACAAAUGAUCGCUCAACGAAGUUGGCUUAUCACCAUCAUCACCACCAUCACCAUCGUCAACAUCGUCACCAUCGUCAACAUCAUCACCAUCACCACCACCAUCAUCACCAUCACCACCAUCAUCACCACCAUCAUCACCACCAUCACCAUCAUCACCAUCACCACCAUCACCACUAUCAUCACCAUUAUCAUCACCAUCAUCACCACCAUCAUCAUCACCAUCAUCAUCACCACCAUCAUCAUCACCAUCAUCACCACCAUCACCACCAUUGUCACCAUCAUCACCAUCAUCACCACCACCACCAUCGUCACCAUCAUCACCAUCAUCACCACCAUCGUCAUCACCAUCACCACCAUCACCAUCAUCAUGCUGAAAUGUAUAGCAGCAGCCAAAUAAUCCUAAACGCGUAUUUUCUAAAUUGGUGGUCGCCAUCCAAAUUUGAUGAUUCUUAGAAUUGUUGGGUCAGGACGUUAUUCACAAUCUUGGCCACUGCCUGAUUAUGCUGCUUGUAACUACCAGCGAUAAUUCGGACUAGCCACGUGUCCAGUGUGUGUGUGGAUCGCUGUCCGACAUACUGAAGGGCAGUCGUACAUUGGCACGGAUGAUCAUCGCGCUCCAACUUUAUCCGUUGGCUGUGUCGGGCGGUGGAGGGUGUAUGACAACACGUUUUGCUCACGCGAGUAAUAUUUUAAAAUGAAAUGUUUUAUUUUACAAAAAGUCAUUUAUUCUUUCAACUCCCCGAGUAAAUGUAACGCGCAGACUCGCGCGGCGUGGACAUUUUUAGUAGCAGACAAAUUGCUCUGAAUGCACGACGUUGAUUUUAAAUGUGGAGGGGACAAAACCGGAGGAAACCCGUUGGAAAAAAUCCACGCGGCCACCACAGAGAGAGAGAGAGAAAGAGAGUCAUCACAAACUCGAACAUUUUUAAGAGGCAUUGCCAGGAGUCGGAAUCAAACCCACAAGUGACCUCCUGUAUUUAAUUCUAGAUUUGAAGCUUUCGUGACUGCAAGGAUUUAUAUUCUUAGGUUUUUUCGGUAAAGUCACGUAGGUAAAAAAUUUAAAUUAAUAAAAGUAAAAUAAAAUAAAUAUUUUUCUUUUAUUCAUUAAUUUUUUUUACCUACGUGACUUUACCGAAAAAACCUAAGAAUACGACCUCCUGUAUGCCAGGCGAGGUCGGUAACAUCUCCUAGCCACCGUGGCGCCCUCACGGGGACCGCACGCUCGCUUGCUCCGCUGCCGCCAGGCCCGCUCGCUCCGUGUCGCGAUCACGGCCACGUUACUUCUGGCUUCGUGAGUCUGGGGGCGGUACCUGUGUGUGUUGAACUGCUCUUGGAUGUACUCUGUGUGGCUGUGUGUGUGUGUGCCGAACCGUACGUAGCCAACAUCGUUCAUCGGAGGUGCGGGUGGCGGAGGGUUUUUGGCUUUCCGACCAGCGCAGCCUCGCCCCAAGUCGUUUUUAUCGCGAGCGUGGAGACGGUUCGGCCCGUCGCGCGCACGUGUGCCACCUUGUGCCACCACCCUCCUCCGCCUCUACCACCACCCUCCUGUACCACCACCCUCCUGUACCACCACCACCUGUACUACCACUCUCCUGUACCACCUGUACCACCACCCUCUACCACCACCCUCCACCACCUGUACCACCACUCUCCUGUACCACCUGUAACACCACUCUCCUCCACCACCACUCUCCUCCACCACCACCCUCCUGUACCACCUGUACCACCACUCUCCUCUACCACCACCCUCCUCCACCACCACCCUCCACCGCCACCUGUACCACCACCCUCCUGUACCACCUGUACCACCACUCUCCUCUACCACCUGUACCACCACUCUCCACCACCACCACCCUCCACCACCACCUGUACCACCACCCUCCACCACCACUUGUACCACCACCCUCCUCCACCACCUGUACCACCACUCCUGUACCACCACCCUCCUGUACCACCUGUACCACCACCCUCUACCACCAAGGUGGUGGUGGUGGUGGGGGUUGUGGUGGGGGUGGGUGGGGGUUGUGGUGGGGGUGGGUGGGGGUGGGUGAUGGGUGGUGAACUUGAUGACCUCGUUCACCUCGAUGACAUCAAUGACCUCGUUGACAUCGAUAUGUCAUCGAGAUUAUCAGUGUCAUUGAUGACGUCGCUGCCAUCGAUGACCUCUGACCUCUUUGACCUUGUUGGCAGCGACGACCGAUGACGCCAUUGCAGGUGUCCUGGUGAACAAGGGGGGGGGGGGGCGGUGUAGGUUCGGCCUCGUGAUCUGGGCCCAGCCGCGUGAAUCGUUUUAAUAACAAUCUCGUGGUUCAUACUCUUAGGCCUUUUCGGUAAAGUCACAUGGGUAAAAAAAUGAUAGAAAUAAAAUAAAAAUCACGACGUUUCGGAGGCAACACAAGCUUCCGUCUUCAGGUGGAACCGUCACAGCACGAUUGCUGUAUCAAGUAAAGAGAGGACCUUAUAUGCCUCCGAAACGUGAUUUAUUAUUUUAUUUCAAUUUUUUUUACCUACGUGACUUUACCGGAAAAAACCUAAGAGUAUGAAUUCUUGCAGUCACGAAAGCUUCCAAUCUAGAAUCUCAUGUUUGCCUUUUUAAACGCGUCCGUUGAGCUCUGUCAGUAACGAUAAUUGUCGUAGAUAAAAUUUUAUUCUUUAAAUUUUACCAGUUGUAAGGCCCCCAGGAUGAGCCAUGCAGCUUUUUUUUCAGAAGCGACCUGGCACAUCGCAAAUGAAGUGGCUCAUCCUGUGGAACAUUAUAGCAGCCAAAUUACUCCAUGAACGCAUGAUGUUGAUUCUGAAUGUGGAGAAAAAUCCACGCGACCACGGGGAGAGAGACACGCAAACUCCAAAUAUACAGCAGCAGGCGUCAGGGUCGCGAUCGAACCCACGACCUCGUGUACACCAGGCGAGGCAGUCAACAUCUCCUAGCCGCCGUGAUGAGAGAGAGAGAGACACGCAAACUCCAAAUAUACAGCAGCAGGCGUCAGGGUCGCGAUGCAGUCAACAUCUCCUCGCUACCACGGCGCCCUCUGGUUAGAGCCGCGCUAUCGGGAGCGACCGCCGGCUUCAUCAUCCCGGCCGACAAAGACGAAGACCCCCUGUGAGGCCUGGAGCAGACGGACCAGGAGCCGCCCUCGUGCGCCGGUUGAGUCCACCACUCGGCACGCGAUAGUCGCCAACGACCGUCCAAAGCCAUUUGGCAGUGACGUCCACUAAGACGGUUUACUGAUGAAAAGGAUGAAUACGCAACGGCGCGUGAAGGUGCCUUCACGUCAAGCCGACGUCGAGUUUAUCGGGACGGCCGGGAACGUUUUCCUUCUUCAUCCCGGGGUCCUGUUUUGCAAGGAGCUGCGAUUUUGUUUGUCGUUUUGUGUUUGUUUUCUUUUUCGCUCAACGUGGACCCUGUCGGUGCUGCUAAGAACGUCGCCAAUAAAACGACGCAGGUUCGA